AUGGACCCCGAGCGGCGUACGCGGCUCCCUACGCUGCUCGAGGUGCUUGAGCAGCGUGCGGCGGCGCCAGUCGACCUAAAUGCAUUUUACCAAUUUACACUGAAGCAUGGCGAGGAAGACGCGCUCGAUUUCUGGCUGGAUGUGUGCGCACACGAGCGUCUGUGUGCCAUCUAUCUCUACCUGGACAAUGGCAGCGCGCCCGUGCCACUCACGGGCGCGUGGCGUGGAAAUUUAAGCAAGAGGCGCACGGCAUACGUACACAUGGAUCCUCAUGAGCACAGCGAUGCGACAGAGACCAAGGUGACACUCUUUGACUUGGCCGCCAACGCCCAGCGUGUGUACGAGCAGUACCUCGUUCCCCACAGCGAGCACGAGCUUAUGCUCCCUGCGACGGUGCACAGCACCAUGCAGUUUCCGUCCGAGACGCACGCGCUGACCGGAGACGUCAACGAGCUCCUGCACAUGUUCCAAGUGCCGAAAAACUAUGUCUUUGCACACCUCGAGCAGAGUCUCUACCCGACCUUUUUGCAGCGCCACGCGUUCAGCAAUAUCGUACCACUCUCGGCAUGGGCACGCCUGAGUUGCGGUCUGCUGCUGCUCUGGGUGGCCUUUUCCACUGGCUUCAGCUUUGUCUUUUUAAACACGGAGCGCACUACGCGGAUAUGGAUCUUGCUGCCAAUGGCGCUCGCGACGUACUUUGUCGCGUCGUACUGGUACAAUAUCGACCCCGCGCUGGCGCUCGCACAAAAGACCGAGCUCGGCGAGAGCCAGCUCGGCGACGUGGACGAACCGAGCGUCCGCGCACUGCACGCACAGCAUGCGAUCACCGCCGUGGUGGUCGCCGCACUCGUCUGCGCCGCACUUACGGUGCUUUUUGUGUUUGUCCCGGGCCACCGUCUCUAA